AUUCCAAUAUUGUUUCAAAUUCCAUCUAUAAAAUACUCUCCAAAACCCUAAACACAAAAUCCAUAAUCUCAUAAUCGAAGCAAAACAACCAUGGCUUCUAUUUCUUCACAUUUCCCAAUAUCAUUAUUAUUAUUAAGUUUAAUUUCAUUACUAAUCCCAUUAUCAUUAGCAGCAGAAGAAACGACAACAACGACAAUCAAAAAUGUAACAUACGACGCUAAAUCGUUCAUGAUCAAUGGAAAACGACAAAUCAUUUUAUCUGGGUCGAUUCACUAUCCGAGAAGCACCCAACAUAUGUGGCCUGAUUUGAUUCAAAAGGCCAAAGAAGGUGGCCUCGAUGCAAUUGAGAGCUACAUCUUUUGGGAUCACCACGAGCCACUCCGCCGUAAGUACGAUUUUUCCGGUAACCUCGAUUUCGUGAAAUUCUUUAAACUCGUACAACAAGCAGGGCUGUACGGAGUUUUGAGAAUUGGGCCUUAUGUUUGUGCCGAGUGGAGCUACGGUGGUUUCCCAUUGUGGCUCAAGAACACUCCCGGAAUUGUACUCAGAACUGAUAAUGAUAUUUACAAAAAUGAAAUGCAGACAUUUGUUACCAAAAUUAUCGAUAUGUGUAAACAAGCAAAACUCUUUGCCUCACAGGGAGGUCCAAUUAUCAUAGCCCAGAUCGAAAAUGAGUACGGAAACGUAAUGGAGCCAUACGGAGAAGCAGGAGAGUCAUACCUAAAUUGGUGCGCUGAAAUGGCUGUGGCUCAAAACGUCGGCGUUCCAUGGAUAAUGUGUCAACAGCCCAAUGCGCCUAAGCCCAUGAUUAACACUUGCAAUGGUUACUACUGCGAAUCGUUCGAACCAAACAGUCCCAACAGUCCCAAAAUGUUCACAGAGAACUGGGUCGGGUGGUUCAAGAAAUGGGGCGAGAGGGACCCACAUAGGACCGCUGAGGACGUGGCGUUUUCGGUGGCUCGUUUUUUCCAACGUGGCGGAGCCUUUAACAAUUAUUAUAUGUAUCACGGUGGGACCAACUUUGGUAGGUCGGCUGGUGGGCCCUACAUUGCGACCACGUACGACUACGAUGCGCCGCUUGAUGAGUAUGGGAAUUUGAACCAACCUAAGUGGGGCCACCUUAAACAACUUCAUCAAUCUCUCAAGAUCGGUCAGGACGUUAUUACCGCCGGAAACUGGACUGAGAAGGAAAUUGUGCCGGGUGUUAAUCUAACAACCCACACUAACGGCGCUCAGAGGUUUUGCUUCAUAAGCAACACAAACACAGAAGGUGACCCAAUCAACGUCAAUCUUAACAACGACGGCGUUUACUGGGUUCCCUCAUGGUCCGUCACUCUCCUCCGUAACUGCAACAGCGAGAUUUAUAACACUGCCAAGAUCAAUGCUCAGACAUCUCUGUUCGUCAAAAAACAAAGCUUGCCUCACAACCAUGAAAAUCAGAAAGGCCCCGGAUUCAAAUGGGUUUGGGCACCAGAAACCAUUAGAGACACACUUCAAGGUAAAGGAAGAUUCAGAGCUUCACAACUUCUCGAACAGAAACUCACCACUUCCGAUGUUAGUGAUUAUUUAUGGUAUAUGACCACAAUCGAAGUCAACCAAACUAAGAGAGUGUUUUUGAGGGUCAACACUACUGGUCAUGUUCUCCAUGCUUAUGUGAACAAGAGAUUUGUGGGUUCUCAAUCGGGUACACCGAAUCAACUUGGGUUUAUCUUUGAAACCCCUGUUGUACUGACACGUGGCAAAAACAACAUCACUCUGCUCAGCGCCACCGUUGGAUUGGCUAAUUACGGUUCAUUUUUCGAAAAUAAACCCACUGGAAUCGCUGGAGGACCUGUUCAGUUAGUGGGAAACGACAACUCCUCUGUUUUAAACGACUUGUCGUUUAACAAUUGGUCUUAUAAGGUUGGACUGAAUGGAGAGUGGAAGAGGGUGUUUGAUCCCAAUGCUCAUCAACACCAUCCAUGGAGGACCACUGAGCCACCGGUUAACCGGAGAAUGACUUGGUACAAGACGAGUUUCCAAACCCCUUCAGGCGAUGACCCUGUUGUGGUUGACUUAUUGGGUAUGGGAAAAGGACAUGCUUGGGUGAAUGGGAAUAGCUUGGGUCGGUUUUGGCCUUCGGUUUUGGCUAACUCAACUGGCUGUGGCAACUGUGAUUACCGCGGUGAGUACAACCCCGAUAAAUGUGUCACCAACUGCGGCGAACCGUCGCAGCGGUGGUACCAUGUUCCAAGGUCGUUCAUGAAGACUGAUGGGAAAUCCAACACUUUGAUUUUGUUUGAAGAAAUUGGUGGGAAUCCUAAAGAUGUGAGCUUUAGCACUGUUGGUGUUGCGAUUGGUUGUGGUACAGCUUAUGAAGGGAACACAAUUGAACUUUCGUGCAACAAUGGCAAAAUUAUUUCUGGUAUUGAUUUUGCUAGCUUUGGAGAUCCAAAGGGAGAGUGUGGUUCUUUUACUAAAGGUGUUUGUGAAUCGAAUGUUAGUGUUUCUGAAGUUGAGAAGGCUUGUGUUGGAAAAGAGUCUUGCUCUGUUAAUGUUUCUACAAACACAUUUGGCUCUGUUGAUUGUGGAAAUGGUGUUAUUAAAAGAUUAGCUGUACAAGCUUCUUGUGCUUAGAAAUUGUGAAGAGUGUGAGUGAGUGGUAGCUUAAUAAUGUUAGUAAUAAUGGGGUUUGUUUUUUCUUUCUUUGCUUGAUUUUAUUAGUAAUUGUAAUUGAUACUUUUUAAGUAUGUGAAUAAUGUGGUUUGUUUUUCAUUA